AGUGGCAACCGAAUACUGUCAUUCUCUGUGAUCGGCUAAUCGCUAUGGUUGAUUGCUACAUCUUUCUCAGAAACUAAGCCAAUCUCAUAAUUCACUUCGAUCAAUUCGAUUUGAUUCGUUGAAACUAUGGAUUUCUUCAAAUCGAUUCUAGCCGAUGAUCCGGAACCCGAAAAUGUGCAAGAUUCCAAACAGCAUUCCCCUUCCCCUUCCUCAUCUAGCCAAAAAGAGGAAAAUCGCGAAGAAACUGAGCAUGUGGAUGCCCCAGAUCCGUCAACUACUGCUAGCGGUGCGAGUAGAUGGAGUUUCGGAGGUCUCAUCCAGACUUUAGCUUCCCGCUCCGAGUCAGUCCUCGAGACUUACCGCCGGGAUCUGGAAGAAUUCGGGACGGGACUUAAGAAAGAGACGGUGCUUUUCCGGGAAGUCGCCAGCCGUGCGGUGAAGGAGCUCCCGGCUUCGAUCGAGGUAGGCGCCUCGGUGGCUCAAGGCUCCCUGGGAUCAGUCGGCAAGACUAUCGACGGAGUGUUCAAAUCCACCGCCGAUAUCAUUUCUCAAGGUAAAGAUACUCUCCUAGCAUCCUCCGAUGCUGAAUCCGAAACCCCCGACACAAAUCGGAGCUUGGAUUCGCGUCGUUACAGUAGGUUUGAUGCGCAACUAACCGCAAUCCAAAAUGAUCCCGCUAGUUUCACCGAAGAGCCUGAGGAUUUGGAGGAUUAUAGGAAGUGGAAAUCGGAGUUCAACUUGAACGAUCAGAGGACGGAAUUUGAGGACUUGAUUGGAGAAAACGGUGGUCUAGAGGGUGUUUACAAACGCCUUGUACCCAGCGUAGUUGAUGAAGAUACCUUCUGGUGUCGGUACUUUUACAGGGUGCAUAAGCUUAAGCAGCAAGAGAGUGUUAGGGCUAGCCUUGUGAUGAGAGCAAUAUCUGUAGAUGAUGAAGAAGAAUUAACCUGGGAUGUUGAUGACGAGGAUGACACUGAUGAUGAUGAUGAGCCAAAUAGUUCUGCAAAAUCGAAAGGCCAAGAACAGGGAAAUAACCAAGCUGGUAAUCAAGAUUCAGGGAAAAUCACAGAACCAGUAAUUGCAAAAAAAGAUGAAUUGCAAAAUGUGAGUUCUGAUAUCAGUGAUGAGAAAGGCAUAAGUGAGGCCAAUGCUGAUAAGAGCUCUGUUACUGGAUCAAGUGAGAAUAAAGAUAAAGAGGUCGAGGGUGCGACAUUAGUGAAGUCAAUUGAGAAGGGAGUUCCGAGUGGUAAACAGAAUGAUGUUUGUGAGCAGCAAACCGAGCAGGAAGAGGAAGACUUUGGGUGGGACGAGAUUGGGGAUAUCGAUAGCGGUGAUGAGAAAAAGGCGGCUCCUCGUGGUGAGAGUGCAAAUAUAGCUGAUGUGAGAAAGAGGCUUGCUGAAGAUGAUGAUGAUGAGAAUUUGAGUUGGGAUAUCGAAGAUGAUGAUGAGCCUAUCAAAGCUUGAUCCUGAAAUGGGGCAGAGUUUGGACAUUGGAAAUUCCCAUUAGCCUUUGAGAGCAGAAUAUGAGAAUUGCAUCUAAAGAAGUGAGAGAAUACGAGGUAAACCAGACCAAACAGACAUCUGCAGUUGGUUUAAUUCAUUUGUUUCUUGAAUGCCUUGUUCAAAACUGUCUAUCAUUUACUCACAAAAGUGAAUACAUUCAUCUAUGCAUAAAUGGUUUUAGUUUUAUAUAGCAAACUAUGUUACUACUACUUGUCAUUUAUUUGUGAAGUGAAUGUCUAAACGGCUAUGCAAUUUGCAAAUUUGAACAAUUAGCCAGUUUGGGGCUUCUGAUUUAUGGUUGCUACAUCUACUACUUGUAGUAUAUCUUACAUUCAGAAAUGAGAAUUGCCUUGAUUUCUUGUUA